AUUCAAAAUUUAAAUAAAACCGCAAAGGCAUCUACGAUCAGCAUCAGAAACGUGCACUUUGUAUAUAAAUUUUUAUAUACAAAGCACGUGCAUCACUCAAAUAUAAUACAAAGUAUUAGAAAGAUGAGUGGCAGGGUUUUGUCUUCAAUUUAAAAGUAAGAGUUUAUCUUAUUUUGUCAAGAAAACAUAAUGAAUUGGUACCUAUAGAUAAAAACAUAACCAAAUCCACAAUUCAAACAUGGCAAGAACCCUGGUCCACUCAACUGCUAGAUUAAAGCUAUGGAAACCUGCCGACAUAAAACCUCUGAGAGCCCGUAACCGUACCUAUGUUGAAAAAAACGUUUCACUUGAUGAUGCUCUCAAAGCUAUCGCUCAGAUCCGUGAUUUUGUAAUAGAAGAAGAUGAUACCGAAGAAACUCGCAUUCGUUACAUUGAAACGGCCAGAUUAAUAACAGACAUUCAAGGUGAAUUUCUGGCACAAGCCUUUAAGCCAUAUGGCGAAUACAUGCGAGUCAACGGUAGUCGGCCAUCUUUUGUCAACACUGAUAAAGUUUUACGUGACCAUUUGAAUGAUUACUACGAUGAAACUAUCAACCCGAGUCAUCAACAAUCACCAUCAUUGAAUAAUCUAAUAACACCACCAAAAAAAAGACCGUCGACAUCGGAAGAUAUUGCCGAAACAUCCAAUAAGAAAAUAAAAGACAGUCCCACAAAGUCAGUGUCUCCCACUUUGACCCAAGCAGAUGACACAUCAUGGGACUGUUACAAACCACCAUGGAUGCAGCAUGCCGGCAUGCAAGAGGAACCCUAUGAAUCGAAUAUAGAAGCUCAGUUCUCUGAUGAUAGUGACGACAUGAAAGAGGGAGCCUGUAAAUCAAAUGUAGAAGCUCAGUUGUUCUCUGAUGAUAGUGACGACAUGAAAGAGGGAGCCUGUAAAUCAAAUAUAGAAGCUCAAUUUUCUGAUGAUAAUGACGACAUGAAAGAGGGAGCCUGUGAAGCUCAAUUUUCUGAUGAUAAUUCGUGGAUGGAUGCAAUACUUGCGGAGAUGAAACCGCCUCCAAGUAUUUUACCCCUUUUAAUGAGCGAGGUUCUUUAUACUCCAGAAGACAUGCAAACUACACCACCAAAAUCAACAAACUACGACGAUGAUGAUGACAUAAAAAUGUAAUUUGAUAAAUUCAAUUAAUUUUAAAUUUUUUAUUUAUUCUUAAAUUUUUACAUAAGAUUGUCACAACAUGAGCAAGCUUUUUUUUGGGUUCUUUUAAAUAAUUGCUUAAUAUUUAAAUCUGCUUUCAACUAUAAUUGAAUCGUUAAUAUCAAAAACGACUUAAGUCCAUCAGUUAACAGUUGGACUUAGGUCGUUUUUGAAAUGACCGAUUCAAUUAUUCUAAGAGUGAAUUUAUCAAAAGCAGCUUUAAGUUUUUAGGAAUAAAUAAAUGAGCCCAAAUGAAGAAUGCAACGAGAGAAUGUAUUUCUUUUAGUCUUAGAUAUAAGGUUUUUUUUUUUUAAUAUUAAUGUCGCAUUGAAUUCAGAAAAUACCGCGAAGGGAUUAUUUUAUGUUUAUU